AUGAUAAGAGAGUCUAAUGACUUCCAAUAAACAGGCAGACUGAUGUUAGCUGCAUAAGAUGAUGAUUACUCCUUAUACGAUUCACUUAAUCCAAGAGAUGAAAAAGUAAACUUAGUUUAGGAGAGUUUUCCAAAUUAUGCAAAAAUUGAUCACUUUGCAAUGGAGGCUCAGCAAAGAUCAAUGAAUGAAGAAAGGAUGAGAAGAUAAUUGCAAUAAUAAUAGUAAAAGCAAGAUUAAGACAUUCAAUAAUAAUAGUAAUUUCAUGAGGAGCUUAGAAACUUAAGAGAGUAAUUGUAAAGAGAAUAUGAUGAGAAGUUAAAAGCAAGCUUGAAUGAACUAGAGCAAUACAAAUUACAACUUUAAGAAACCAUCCAGGACACCGACUCAAAAUAAAUAAAUUAAUUCCAAAAGCAAUUAAAUGAUAAAGACAAGAUAAUCUAUUAGCUCAAUGGUGAAAAAAUGGACUUAGAGAAUUAGCUUUAGCAAAAUCAGAGAUAGCUUUAGAUCAAAGAAGAAGAAAUUAUUAAUCAGAGAUCUGAGAUUGAUUAGGCCAGAUUUGAAGCUGAAAAGAUAAGUUAGCAGUUUAACUAAUCUAAGUAAAAAGAGGAUCUUAUAAGAGAUUACACUGAGAACUUAAAAAUUUAAAACGAUUAGCUAAGGUAGCAGAUGUUUGAUAUGAAUGAGAAAUUUGGGGAUAUGCAGAAAUAAGAUUGGUCGAAGUAACUGAUUGAGAGUAAAAAGGAAUGUGAUUUUUUAAGAGAAGAAAUCUCCUAAAAAGUUAAGGAAAUGAAUGAUAUCAAGAAUAAUCUAUCACUAGCAAUCUAAUAAACUCAUGUGGGUAACGCUUCGAAUCAUUUUACAAAUUUACUUGAAACAUAAUCACGUGACAUUAGGUAAAAAGAUCAAUAUUAAGGCUUAGUUGCGUAAAUAGAAAGGAAACUGAUUGAAGCUAAUUAAAGAUUAGCAUAUGUUUAAUAAACCGAUGAUAAAAGAGCAGCAGCUGAAUAUCUUGUCGAGUAGUUGAGAGUAUAAACUGAUGAAAAGCAGUCAAUUAUUUUCGAGAACUAAAACUUGUAUCUAGCCUACUAAGAACUUCAAGAUGAACAUUAAAGAAUUUUAAGAGAAUGCAAAGAUUUCUUAGCUUUAAGACAAGGACAGAUCUCAUCAAUGGAUCCUUCAUUAUAAAAUUAAUAAAAGCUUCUGAUAAGGAUCGAGGAAUUAGAAGAUUUAAUAGUUGAUUUAAAACAUUAGCAAAGUCCUUCCGAAAUAAUUGACUUAAAAUAGCACUUAACCAAUAAAGAACUUGAAGUAAAUAGACUAUAAAAUCAGAUUACAGAAUUGAGAAAGAAGAGAAUGUAGUUUCCAUAGUUAUUUGAGGGCAAUGAAUUUCACGAUUAGUUUUAAAAGCAGCUUAAUGAAAAGACUUAACAAAUACAGAUCCUUAAAAGGGAAAUUAAUUCAUUUAAAAGCUAAGACUUCAUGCAAAAGAUAAAUGUACCUUCUCAUAAAUCUAAUAACUUGGCAGGUGAUAACUAACUAUUUAGACCAGUUUAAAGCUAGGAUCAAAAUAAUGGUAAUAGCUGGUUUGAGGAAAAAGACAGAUGGAUGGUUUAGAAGUUAGAUAGAAACUAGGAUGUAAUUGGAAGCAUCAAUGAAAAUUUUCAAAGAAACCAAAACAAUAUUUACUGA